CGCCGCCGCCCGCCCGCCCGCCAUGGCCGCCGACACUUCGAAGCCCUUGUUCCCCGCCGCACCGCACACCUCCCUCCUCCCCUCCCACGGCAACCCUAACCGCGUCUCGCCGGAGGCCUCCUACUGGCGCAAUUUCCGCUCCUCCGAGCUCGUCACCGGCUCCAAUUACCCCGUCACCCACCUCACCUUCUCCCCCGCCCACGCCAAACCCACGCUCGCAGCAGUUGGCUUCUCCGCCGUACAGCUCUUCACCGGCGACCCCCUCGCGCCGCGCCCCAAGAUAUCUGUCACCAAGGAUUUCGUAUAUUCGCCUUCCUUCCGCUCAGACGGGGCCCUCCUCGCCGCCGGCGACAUUAAGGGUGUCGUCCGCGUCUUCCGCGUCGACAAGCCAACUUCGGGCCCACUCCGGACCCUCCGCGCCCACUCCGCCGAGACCCGCGUGGUCCGCUACCCAGUGGCUGGCGGCGACAAGAUCCACCUCAUCACCGCCGGAGACGAUGCGCUGCUUGCCUACUGGGACGUCCCCUCCGAGACGCCCGUUUUCACCGUCCCUGCCGCCCACCGCGACUACAUCCGCGCCGGCGCCCCGUCCCCGGCUGACCACAACCUCUUCGUCACUGGCUCCUACGACCACAGCGUCAAGCUCUGGGAUGCCCGUACCGGGAAAGCACCGUCUCUAUCCUUCUCUCAUGGCGCCCCGGUGGAGAGCGUGCUGUUCCUGCCGUCUGGUGGGUUGCUUGCCACUGCGGGGGGGAACAUGGUGAAGAUUUGGGACGUGAUUGGUGGUGGUCGGCUUGUGCACUCAGUGGAGAGCCAUGUCAAGACAGUGAUGGCCCUCGCGCUCGGGAAGAUGGGCACCACCGGCGAAACUCGGCUGCUUAGUGCAGGGAGUGAUGGAUAUGUGAAGAGCUUUGAUUAUGGGGAGCUUAAGAUCACACACUCUAUGCGGUACCCAAAGCAAUUGCUGUCUGUGGCAUGCUCACCUUGCGGCACAGUGCUUGUUGCUGGGUCUUCAAAGGGAGAUAUUUUCGUGCGCAGAAGGAAGAAGGCAACCGAGGAGGAGGAGCAAGCGGGGAAGGUUGUCAGCGGUGUGUUCGAUUGGACAUCGCCCAAGCCAGAGAAGCAGGCACUGAAGCCAAGCUACUAUAGGUACUUUAGCCGUGGUCAGAAUGAAAAGCCAAAGCAGGGCGACUUUGUGAUCGAGAGACCUAAGAAGGUGAAAAUUGCAGAGCAUGAUAAGUUGCUGAGGAAGUUCAGGCACAAGGAAGCUCUAGUUUCAGCAUUAGCUAAGAACAAUCCAAGGAGUGUGGUGGCUGUGAUGGAGGAGCUAGUUGCAAGGAGAAAGCUGGUGAGAUGCAUAGGGAAUCUGGACGUCGACGAACUAGGUUUUCUCCUGGAGUUCCUGCAUCGAAACGCAACCUUGCCAAGGUACGCCAGGUUGUUGCUCGGUGUGGCAAACAAGGUGUUGGAGAUGCGCGCUGAGGAUAUCCGCUCAGAUGGGAAGCUGAGAGGGUACAUCAGGAAUCUCAAGAGAAUGGUUGUGGAGGAGAUUCAGAUACAGCACACACUGCAGGGAAUUCAAGGGAUGAUAUCGCCCAUGCUUGCACUUGCAAGUAGAUGAAAAAGGUGCUUUUUCUUGAAAGGGAAUUUUCGCUAUCUGUUUGAUUGCAAUGAGGGCUGCCAUAUGUGCUGAUGUAUGUUAGUUUACACUUCAUAGACCAUGGUUGUUGGUGAAAUUGGGCUUGUGUUACUAUUUCAGAUACUCUAUUCUAGUAGUGUCUAAACUUUUGAUGAGAUUACUGUUCAACUAUGCUUAUUUUGAUGAUAUGCAAUAUCCAUCCAAGAGAUGUGGUCGAUUGUUA